GAGUUGCGUGCGAAGAGCUCGACAUGUCAUUCAGAGGAAUCCGCCACCUGAAACGCGAGGAAGUGAAGGCGACUCAAUUGGGUAUAAAGCAUCAGCCAACAUCUGCCCCGAGCAGUGCAGCGCUGAUGAAAACAUCAGCUCGGAGCUCGUACGCAGGACCUCUGCUUUAUUUUAUUCUCCCUGGGAUUUAUCGCUGGAGUCGGUGCACGCCGUCGGGAGACGCAUCUCAUCUCCGCAUUUAAAGUGAAUGUGACGCCACAGCCAUCACGAUACUGGAAUUAAGUGAAAGUCCGAGACAUCUUAGCGCACCUGUUCCCUCCACGGAGCGCAAGAUCAUGAUCCCUCCUGGAGACUGCAUGUACGCGGGCAGAAAGAGGAGGAAGCCCGUCCAAAAGCAGAAGCCGUCCUCUGCCAAUGAGAAAACCAACCCAUCCAAGCGGCACCGAGACAGGCUGAACGCUGAACUGGACCGCCUGGCCAGCCUGCUGCCGUUCCCCCCAGAUGUCAUCUCUAAACUGGACAAGCUGUCAGUGCUGCGUCUCGCAGUCUCCUACCUCCGCGUCAAGAGUUUCUUCCAAGCGAAUCAAGACAAGACCUCCAGGAAGCACAUCAUCAGCGCCGCACCCUCGAACGCUGAAUCCAGGAAAGAGAGCCUGUCUCUGAGCACCAAUGUCAACGAAAGCAGCCUCCUCCUGGAAUCUUUGACAGGCUUUGCCUUGGUGGUGAGCAGUGAUGGGAUGGUUUUCUACGCUUCCUCAACCAUUGUGGACUAUCUAGGAUUUCAUCAGACUGACGUGAUGCACCAGAAUGUGUUUGACUACAUCCACAUAGACGACCGUCAGGAGUUCAGACGCCAGCUCCACUGGUCCAUGUGUCCUCCACAGCACCAGGGGACUUCGGCACACCAGGAUAACCCAGGAGGAACUGGUGAGGACUUUGUAGUGAGCAGUCUGUUCCAUUCUCCAGACGCGGGGGAAAUCCCUCCUGAGCUCUCCUGCUUUCUCAACAGAUGUUUCAUAGCCAGAGUUCGAUGCCUCUUGGACAGCACCUCUGGAUUCUUGACCAUGCAGUUCCAGGGUCGGCUGAAGUUCCUCAACGGGCAAAAGAAGAAGUCGGCCUCUGGGGCGCUACUGCCUCCCCAGCUGGCUCUGUUUUGUGUAGCUGUGCCCCUCUUACUGCCCUCCAUCACUGAGAUGAAAAUGAAGAACAUGCUAAUGCGGGGAAAGAGCAAGGGAGGAGCAGGAGGCAUGAUUUCUGCACUGGAACACGGUGAGCGUGGGGAACACCUCCGGAGGCACUCCUUCAGUGGAGGAAUGGGUGACGUCGCAGACCCUCUCCUCCUCUCCUGUUCCACUCCUGGCGCUGGCCAGCGAGGUCACCACACCCCCUGGACACCGCUCUCCAAAGACAACCUCAAGUAUCGUCCUGACGGUUACUAUAACCAAGAGGAACCUCUCAACUACUGCAAAACCUCAGCGGGUCCUCUUAAAGGUCUCAGCCCGGGCAUGGGUGGUGGCUGGCCUCUGCGGCAGAACUCAGGUGCCCACAGAUUGGGUCAGGGUGUGGGCUACAUCCCCUCUAACCGCAUGAACAAAAGUGGUCAGUACGGGAAGCCAUACCGCCUUUCCCCAAAUUGUCACAACGGCAGAGGCGGCGAGGUGUUCGUCCCCAAGCUCUACGGGAACGGCCAAAUCCCCACAGACCCGGACGCCUACUGUAUAGAUCUGGUGAAGAGCGAGAACGGCUACAGAGAAUGCUUCGACGGCCACCUGAUGCCCGAGAUGCCGCCCAUCAAGGUAGAGCAUGACUCGGACUCGGAAAAUGGCUGCGACGCGUACGGGCGACCCUGGGCCAUCGACCGCCGCUACGGCAACGGGGUAUACGACCACAGCACCGGCCUGCAGCUCAAAUCAGAGUCCGAUUAUUAUGACCCACAAUAUUCACCCUGUCAGAGAGGGAAGGCAGGGAUCAGCCCACCAUACAACAACGGCAACUAUCACAACUAUCAGAACAGCGGCAACACGGCGCGGCUGUUGAAGUGCGACAAAGACUUGGGCAACAACACUGACUCCAACCAGUUCAGUCCUCACAGACUCUCUCACUCGGACUCUCUAUGCAGCAACCAAACAAUCAACCUCGUGGACUCUCACAUCUACUCACAGGACCCUCACAAGGCCUACAUGCACCAGGACUACAGCAAGCACGGCACUUACGAGUUCAAAGGGCACGGCCUGGUCCACUCGAUCAAGCGGGAGCCCAUGGACUCUCCGCCGUGGUCUGAGAGCGGCCAUGACAUGAACCAGUCCAUGAUGGUUGGUCCAAGGAACGUUAUGCCGUGUGUGAUGAGCACAGGCCACCAAAAGUCCAGCCCCUACAUUUAUAUGCCAUAAAAGUGACUGAUGCUACACAUAAGCACAAUGCAGAUUUGUACCAGCACCCCAGCGCUCCCUCACACCUCACAUACAAUCAGUUUGCAUUAAAGUACUUAUCAUUUUCAGAUAAAUGCACCAGCAUUACAAAAAAAAAUCAAAAAUAAAUAAAAAAAAUUAAAGUUUUAUGAUUACGAGGAUUCCCAGGGUGUCGGGUGCUUCUUCCAUUUGCCGAAGAGGUCGCAGACAAGGCUCAGGUUCUAGUGACAAUCAGAAAUAAUAUUUUCAGUCCAGUUUAUGGUUUAGAUGAGUUUGUUUUUAACGAGUAUAUUUUGUAGUUGGUUCCGAGCACUUUUGGAUUUAGUGACAAUGAGACAAAUGAUGUCUAGACACACGGUUUUAUUUUGUUUGUAUAUGUUGUGCACACCUGGCUUUUGUGGGAGAAACAAAGAUUUUGCUGUAAAAAAAAAAAAAAAAAAAAGGAAGAAAAAGAAAAAAAAGAAAAGAAAAGAAAAAAAGAUGUUUGUUUGUGUACACAGGAGAUGACUUAUAGCUGGACCUAUUCAUGUGAGCUGGCCGACGUUGAGAAUAUGCAAUGUAGUGACAGUCAAAACAACUGAAAGAAUAGCCAGUGGUUUUGCAUGUUUUAGUGCUUUAACUAAACAUAGCUUUGUCAUGACUGCCUCUAGUGAUAUAUGAAUGGAAACUGCUGAUUUCUACACAUUAUAGAAUUGUGUUAUAUCAUUUGCUGAGACUUGAAAUGUACUUUUAUCCACUGCAGGCAAAAAAAAAAAAAAAAAAAAAAAAAAAAAAAUCAACAUAUUUGAUUCAAGUCACAUCUUUGUCGCAAGAUAAUAUAUUAGUGCUUCAAACAAGACACUCAUUGUUCAUGCGUACAAGGACACAUUCACAACAUGGUCCCAACUUGCUGCAGAAUAGUUUUUCGAAAACUUCAUAGCAGAAUAAAGUAUAUUUGCAGUUAAUGGACCAAAACAUGUAAAACUACUGGUUGGGCCAAAGCUUUUUAUGUACAUUUCUUUUUCAUACUACAGACAGCCUAUUUACAUAGAUGUGGGCAGGACAUGGAGGGGGCACAGUGAGUAGGGUAACCUGCAACCACAAAGCUGUGGCAUGUGUCACUCAGCACCUCCAUGUGAUGAAAGGAAGUCUAAAGGUAGGUCAGUUCAAAUGAGGUGAAAAGUGACAAUAGUCCUUAAAAUUGCAGUGACUAUAUUGAUUAUCAGUUGAAGGAUUUGUUCAAACAAGUUGGAAGUUGUUAGUUUGAAGUAAAAAAAAAAUAAUAAUAAUAAUUUUUCUAAAAACUUGAUUCUUCUGUUGAUGUCCACGAUAAAUUCCUAAUGUUGAGUCAAAGCUAACAUUGUACAGUUUAGAUUACUCUUCAUGACAAGACCAGCAUUUCAGCUCAGUACUACGGCAUCACGUCUAGCUGUAGAUAUGACAGUGAGCUCUUUUCAAAUGGAUAUACACUUUUCAUGUCGUCUUUUCAGUCAAAAACAAUGGAUAUCAUCCUCACAUCAGUAUUUUCUUUCUUUUGCACAAACGAAUUUAAAAGCACCAAAAUUGAUUCAAUGUCAGUCUCAGUUCUGUGAAGCUACCGAAGUAGUUUCUAAGUUGCACUACUGGGAGUAGUUCAGUUGAAGUUCAGCCUACCCAGACAGGUUUUUAGAGUCGACACGCACAACUGUUCUUGGUGUCACUGUUUUGGAUUUGUCUUUUUCCCUUUGUGUGUGUUCAUUUCAAUAAGUGUUUGAUGAUUUGUAUUUAUUGUAAAAGGCAAAAGUGUAUAAUUUAAAGACUACAGUUUUGAAGGCUUUUCUGUUUUACUAACGUAAAUAUGGCUUUUGUUUCUUGCUAUCUUUUGGAUAAGUGUUAAAAAAGACUGUCAUACUUGUCUCGGACAAGGUAGCUGCAAGGUAGCGAACACAGUGUGUGCAUAUAUAUAUCUAUGUAUAUACACAUAUAUACAUAUAUAUAUGCAUAUGUCUUCCAAUGUUUCUACUUGUUUUUGCAAAUGGGACUUAUCUAUUAAAAGAUCAUUCUUUAUAUGGAAAAAA